AUGGAUCCGUCACAGUCGACGUAUGGGCCUCGACAUUCGGCAUUUGGCAGGCCUCGCGAACCUCGAAACUCGUCUCUUCCACCUCGGCAUUGCCCUCCUUCCUCGCUAUCGACGAGCCAUACCCAACAAUCGCCCUUUGACGUGGUAGCAAGCUCACGACGAGAACCGAGCAAUGCAUUUUCACGCCAUCCACCAGCGCCUGCCGCGCCGCCGUCGCUGGGAUACCCAUACUCGCGAGACGUCAUCUCACAUACGCAGCAGCAGCAUCAGCAGCAUGCACACCAUCCGCAUAACAACGGUGCGCCGCGACAGAGAACCGACGCCGCGACACGAGAGCCACGAAUCAAGCAUAGCGCGGAGGAAGGGAAAGGUCAGGCUGGGAUGAAUAUGCGCAGAGAAGCAGUGGACCACGAUGCCCAGGCCUCUCUCCGCCUUCCGCUCCUCCCUUCUUUUUUUUGCCGCCCGCGCUCCGCUGUUCCCCCUUUCGGACUCUUGGCACGGUUCACUCCGGUGGCCCGCCGUCCUCGAUCCUACGAGACAUGUCUCAUCCGUCGCAGCACGACCAGGCUCGCAGGCGGUCUGUGGGAAGCGCUGGCAGCUCGUCUGCUUAUUCAGGUAAGCCUGAAACCGAACGCGACUACCGCUCGCCCCCGUGAAAAAUACCCGCAUCGACGGCCAUUCCCCGACCAAGAACCGCGCUCUCUCGCCCACGAGGAUGGGUCGCAAUUAUUCAUUGGCCAUGGCACUGUCUUUAUACACCCUGAUGCACUGCCUUUUCCUCGUUUCCUGCCCUCGCAUGUCACUUUCGGUCGUGAACACCCAGCUGCAACUGCAUCAACCACCUAUCCUAGCCGUCAGAUGCUUCCUCCGUCCUCCCCGCAGCAUUAUCCUCCUCGGGGCCCAGCGAUCCAGCAUCCUCAGCCGCCGUCGGCGCCUCCUCCGUCCUCCUCGUUCGCGUCCCGGGAACUCGCCAUCACAAGCCAAGCACACAGGCCUGGGAGUAGCAUGUCGAUAUCGUCGAUGCUUGGCUCGGAUACAGAUCGUCUACCGCGAGAGAACAUACCGGGGCCUCUGUACUCGCGACCUUCGGUAACUUCAAUACCUGCCGCCACCGCACCACCACCACCGCCUCCUGCGCAGCCCCCGUCCAUGUCACCACCUUCCGCCCUGACAAGGCAGCCGUCAUCAGAGUACCCUUCCUUUCGCCGGUCCCAUACUCCGGACGGCGGACCUUUCUCGAAACCUCUCACUCCCCGGCCGUAUCGAUCAAGAUCGGGAGGCAGUGCUUCUGGAAAUCCUCCACCGGUCACGGAUGAUUCGCGGUUUGGUGGGCCUCGGCCGGCCUCGAACGCACCUCAACCGCAGUAUAGUGAAAAGCAGCCGUCAGCACCUAGAUCCCCUCGAAACACAUAUCCAGAAUCUUCAUACCAUCAAGACCGACGCAUGAGUCUUGGUGGGCCAAUUCCGCGAGCGAACCCGCAAGGUCACCAGCAGCAUCGAUCAGAGGAGCCACCGUCACGACCGCCCUUGUUCAGCCCACCCGUAAGGCUGGCACCGGGAUUUGUUGAAGGAGCGCAAAAGGAGUCAAAUACUCAGCGGGAACAACAUGGAUAUCCAGGAAAUUUAGAAGCUCCUCCUCCACGGCCAUCGUCGAGGUUUAGUGAUCCCUCCCAGGAUCGACAGGAACAUGGUGGCCGUGAUCAACAACCUUACCGGCAACAUGGUAUUCAGGAACACGCGCACCACCAGCAGCAAUCACAGUCACAGCAACAUCAACAUCAACCUCAUCGAUAUGGACCUCAUGUCUCGGAACACGAAGGUGACAGGUCCCAGCGAGGGCCCUGGGAAUCGAAUUACCAACGUGUAUCUCCAGAAUCAACCCGAUAUAAUGCCGGAGAAACAAACACGGGCUACGGUUUCGGAUCUAUUCAGAAUUAUACAAAAUCGUUAGGCUCCCAAUUAACCGCUCCACGCUCCAUUCCCGGCCAAACACCGCUUCACCCACGACAAGACGCAACCCCUUCAAACGACUCGUCACCGCAUAUCAGCCGUAAUAGACCUCCUACUCAGAACCCUCCUCGCCUGUUUUCGCCAACCCCGGCUUCCACCAGUGCCCAGUCGUUCAACAGCUCGUUUGCGGACGAACAACGUGCCCGCGGAGCUACCGAGGAACCACCUCACCAUAAGAGCGUAUUGAACAUAAAUGCAGAAACUAGACGAGGUGGAAGGGCGUCGCCGCUCCCUCAGGCCGUGCAAGGUGCCCAGGCUCAGAUCAUCGACCCGGCUACCGAGUCAGGUAUAAAGAGUGAAUUGGGCCGUGUGUUCUCCGGCAUUGGCAGCGGCGUGGGAGUAUCUAGCUCGGCAUCCUUGGGAGGAAGCGGACCUUCAACGCCCAUGGCAUCGAGCCCGUUUAAAAAGGAUCAUGGCGGACGAUCAAUGAACCAGGAUUUAAACGGCGAGAAUUCCUUUGGUAAAGGCCCAGGGUCUGCACCAGGCAGUGGCCGACGCGGCCGGAGAGUGAAGGAAGAAGAGGGCAAGGACGAAACUGAAGCAGCUGUCGUUCCGCGUGGUGGAGGUGGAAGGAGAGCACGGCAUGUACACCAUCAUCAUCAUCACGGUCAUCAUCCGGCCCUGGUGAUGCUUCGGCUGCAUCUACAGCAGCGGGUGCCUCACACCAUCACCACCACCAUCACCAUCACCACCAUCAUGGCCCACGCGCAGCACCUGGCAGUGGCAUACCGCAUCAUCACCAUCCAACUCCUCCCGCCGUUCCGUUCUACGCUAUAUGCACCACGCAUUGAAAUGCCGUCUGCUAGAGCACCCCCGGAAUCGUCGAAAUUUGGCUACACCUCGACGCCAAUACCUAUCCCACGGUUUGAUGGAAAGGAAAACUGCACCUUUACCAUCCGUGUUCCUCGAUUCCGGAUCGAUUCCAGCCAUCGUGAGGAGAUCUGUGCCCGCAGAGCUCUGUGGGGGACAGGCGUGUAUACAGACGACUCUGACCCGGUGGCAGCAGCAAUACAUUCUGGGUUCAUCCGCGGUGAAUGGGCCGAGGACGUCGACGUAUCCAUGCUCAAUCUUGAAAUCAAAGACAAUCGCAGAUCCCAGCCGGCAGCCACCACCAAUGGACACGGAUCAGCCGUAGCAAAGCCGGCGUCCUCCAACGGCAACACCCCGUCGGCGAACAGCAACAGCACAAAGUCUGACCCGGCAUCGACGGCACAAUCAGAGACUCCUCAGCAACCACCCGCUGCGUCAACCACCCCUGGAACGUCGGAGUCCAAGCAGCUCCCUCCCGUCCCACCACCAAAAAAGGACCUGCACAUCAAGCUCCUGAUUCUGCCCACCCUCGAACGGUACGAUAGCAGCGUGAUGUACGGUCUCAAGUCGCGUUCGUGGGGCAAGAACCAUGACGGAAUGAGCUUCAAAGUCCUCGAAAUCGAAUGGGUCGACGAAGGCGCUUCCAAGGGCGAGGAGAGAGGCGGAGAGGCCCGCCGUAAGCGACUGCGAAACAUGAUGCGCAGCGGCCGCAUCUGUACGCCCGCUGGCCUGAAGGGCCGGAAGGGAGUAGAACUGCAUCUCUCUUCCAACCGCGACCCCGACCCCGAUACGACCAUGAAGGACGCAGACGAAGCAAGCCCUGCUGUCCCUGCCUCGACCGCCGUGGAACCCGUGUCCUAA